UGUAAAUAAUUAUUUACCGAUGACGUAUACGGAGGACUAAUUAAAAUGUAAAGUUAUUAAUAUCAAAUUGGGUCACGUCGUACAAUCGAAAGAUCCAGCUAUUGGAAGGUCUCCUCCCUGUUGAUAUUUAACUGAAAUAAUACCUAUACCAAAAAACCGGUUACAAGAAGAAAUUGAAAGAUAAUUAAUUAAGAAGAAUAUUUAAUAUUAUUCGAUCCGCUUAGAUCUACAUCAGAAAUAUCGCUUCGGAAUUAAUUACACACGGAUAUAUAAGAUUAGUAGCAGAAACACGGAUUAAAAGAUUAGUAGAAAAGGAUUAAAAGAUUACACAGAUAUAUUAAGAAUAAUAAAAAUGUAUUUUAUGACGUAACUCACGCUGCUUGACCCUAUUUCUCAGUUGCAACUAUGGUCGCGGUUCGAUUACUUUCGUCACGAAUUAAUCAACGUGGCUGAUCUCGUUUGGGUAUUAGCAAUCAAUGUUCGUUCCUUCGCGUAUCAAGCGUAAUACAUAGUAACGUCUGCGAAGGCGGCCCGAACAAUUGAUACAGCAUAAAAAUGGGCGCAACUUGAAAACAAGGUCAGAUGAAACGAACGUUUAUACGAAGAGUCCUUGUAUCGUGUUUGUACGACGAGCUUUAGUUCAGUAAAAGUACUUUAGACGUUGCAUCCUUAUUUUCCAUCCCUAGUACCAACUCGAGAAACGGAGAAUGCCGAUCGAUACUCGUUCGGGAAUAAACGAAUCUGUGAUUAAUGCAAGCAGCGCUUGACAAAUAUAAUCGAGCGUGAAAUUGGUCUAUUGAAACGACCACGGAGUUCUGCAACGACUAGUAUCUACGUAUACGUAUACGUGAAAAACAUAGCGAAUCUUGAAACAUAUGAAUUUCUCAAUUUCUCAGUUGCAGAGAAAGUUGUACCUCUUUUAAAGUUGCCAGUAGUUGCUUCAAAUUAUGCAGUUGUAAUACUCUUGUUAGGGGUAAUUAGGCAAGUGGAUACGAGUUUGUUAUCGGAAGAAAUAUUUGGCGAUACUUUCGGAAAUCUUGGUAUACUAUAAAACUAAAAUUUUGAUAUAAGCAGGAAAUUGAAUUUUUAAGAUCAAAAGAACAUUGUUCGUUUCUGAUCAUGUUAAAGUUACGUUCUAUUCUCGAAAAGUUUGUAAAUAAUUCAUUUAGAAUCUGAUUUUGGAGUACGUGGUAUAUAAAUAAUUGGUUAAAAACGUGACACUUAAAUGAACAUAUCCUUUUGAUUAUCCAUCGAAGCGAGUAAUGUAUUUACAGUUUAGAGACUUUUAUAGAUCUUGGUGUGUGCUUGCACGUGUGUGCGUGUGUGUCGCAGUAAAAUUUAGAAUGUACAUAAAUACGACGUAAUCUCGAGAGAGAUAUAGGAUAUUUCUAUUAAUAAUGAAAACGACGUUGGGCAUUAUAAGGAUAUCCAUUCGUACUAAGAUACUUCGGAACUUUCUGUAAACACGGCGGAUGAAGGACGUGGACGGAAAAAUAAGUUUUAUCGAAUAAUAAAGUGUAAUUAGUGGAUGCACGAAUCCCUUCUGCAAGUUCUCCGCUUAUUGAUUUAUGGAUUAAAAUAAAACAUUUCUCGCGUCAUAACGACCAUUAUAGAGGUAUACGGAUUAAUAAUGAUAUGUUCUAUUCGACUCGUGAUUUCCGAGUCUUUGGUUUUAUUUACGGAUCAUCGUGUCUACUGUAACGAAAAUUGGCGAAAUAUCAUAAAAAUUAACAGGCUACGUCGAACGAUUCUUUUUCGAUUAAAUUGGAUUAGACGUAAAUCUCUUUUUUAGAGCCAUCGAUAAGACUAAACAUACAAUAAAGACUGUUGUAAAGUCGUGCCAAGUUGGAACCAGAUUUUAACACCUUUAUGAUCGAUAUCCGUCUAAGAUAAAAGAGCACGCUAUUAUUUCUAUACUUUGCAGCUCGUCCAAAGCGAAGCAGAAUAUUACGAUUUCAGUACUUUUCAAUUAACUAUCGAUCCAUCAACCAUCAACAAAUACAGAAAAUGCGUAAAAUUAAUUCAGACGAAACGUAGAUAAAUCAGUUAAAAUUACUUUUCCAGUUGUUAUCUUUCCACGGAUCGAUCUCAUUCGCGAUUUAUGGAAAUUCAUUUGAACAAAAGCACAGAGUAGAACGCGAAGAAUAGCGAGGUAAAUUUUCUUUAAGCCUGUGAGCUUAACAACGAGCAACGUCGCAACUAAAAACGAAUGCCCAUAAUAUUAAAAGCUCUGUUUAUAAUAUCAGAAAUCGGAACAACAAAUACCAACACGAACAAGUUGAAUCGCGCAAUGAAUACUCUGAUUAGCUCAUGAAAAACGAUGCUCUUCGCCCGAAUUCUUAGCAAAUAAAUAUUACGAAACAAUAUCAGAUUUAUAAAUAUGAAAUUGAUAUUAAAAUAUCGUACACCGUAAUACAUCGAAUUGUAGAGAAUCAGCGGACGUAACAAAAAUAUUACGUACGAAUCGAAAUUUCUCGCAUAUCUCUGAAGCGAAUCCUUUCGACUUUUUCAACCAUUGGUCUCACGAAUGUUGGAAUACACCGCAAGAGCCGAAGCAGUACCGUUCGCCGUAUGGGUGCCUGGGUUGACGAUCGUUUCGCGGAGGAGGAGGCGGUCCCGAUUAACCAGGGCCCGAGAAGAAGGAAAGCAUCCUGCAUCCUGGGCCACGUUUGCGAUGGUGGCGGCCCAGAUGCGAUUCACCAGCGUACAACGAAGAACUUUAAGAAUUCGUGCAGAUCGUCAGCGUCGUUGUUGCCGUUACGCCGUCAGUUUACUAGACAGCUCUACGAGUGGCCCGGUUUACCAUUGUUUAAAUCAAGGACGAAACUAGAUCAGUUUUGAAUGGAUCGCGCGAAUCGCGAUCAAAUUUAACCGUGAUAUGACUUUUUUUCUAGCAGCGCGCGUGUUUUUUUAAGUGCUACGAAAAGGCAGAGGAUAUAAAAGGAUAAGAAGAAGAAGAAGAAGAAGAAGAGCAAGAAAAAGAAAAACGAGGUAUAUGUUUGAUCUAAUUUACACGGGGAUCGACAAAGCGAGAAACAAAAAAAAAAAAAAAGAAGAGGUAGCUAAAUCGUUAAACGAGAGAAAAGAAUAGGUUCGAUGUCGUUGCGUCGGCUGUUCGAGGACUGCACUUAAACAGCAGAGUCCUCCUUGUUCUUGGUACCAUCAUCAUGGCCGAGUGGGCCAAGUUCAAUGGCGAGGAGAAGCUGACUCAAUCGAGCAACACGAUCGAGACAGAGAGCAAUAACAAAGAGGAGGAGGACGGUACCGGUGGAUCGCGUGGCGACUCGAGGAACGCCGAGGUGAUAGCACGAAAAAGCGACGAGGAGUUGCUGAUCGAGAAAAGACGGUCUUCCGUAAACAGGACUCCUCAAGAAACGCCGCGUAAAACGGAGUCGCGAAAAGCUAGCGACGCGACCUCAUCAGAAUUAAAUUCUUUGGUGAAGAACGCGUCACGGUUGAGAAAAAAUUCCGAUCAGAUCGGAAUUCUUACCGAGGAACGAUCAAAGAUAUUGAACGAUCAGAGCUACGUGAAUGAUGCGGUGAUCGAGAAGGACGAGGAGAUACGAAAUUGUUUGGAGAAGACGUUCGAUGCUUACAACGAGCCUGGCUCGAAGAUUCGGCAGGAAGCUAGGCACGAAUUGAGAGAAUCGAAAGAAUCGCAGAACUCGGUGAAAAAGCCUGACAGUUUGUACAAGGACAACGUUGCCAGCCCGCCGAAGCGUAAGAGCGUUUUCACAGAGCGAAGUUCGAUUUUCGGCUCUCCGACGAAGAUCCUAUCGAAGAAUCGUUCGCCGUCCGAGAAGAGUACCGAGAAGUUAGUUAAUGGGAAAUCGCCGCGGGAGGACAAGCAACAACAUCAUGUGCAAUUUAACAAAGACUCGAAGAAGCAGCAAUCCCGGGAGCAGAGGCCGCAAUCGAGCCCUUCGCUACCACCGUCGACCACCAGCAGUUCCGAGGAUAAUUCCAGCUUGGGGCAAUUGUGCGAGGCUACACCACCUGAUGGCGGUUGGGGAUGGGUGGUCGUCGCAGCUUCCUUCAUGGUUAACCUCAUAGCCGACGGUAUUACGUUCUCGUUCGGCGUGAUCUACGUGGAAUUCCUCAACUAUUUCGGCGAAGGGAAAUCGAAGACGGCCUGGAUCGGCAGCUUGUUCAUGGCGAUGCCGUUGUUGUCGGGCCCCGUGGCCAGUUUCCUCACGGACAGAUACGGUUGUCGAAGAGUUUCUAUAGCGGGCAGUAUCCUAGCGGCGGCCGGUUUCGUUAUAAGUUCUUUCGCGAAUUCCAUGGAGGUUCUGAUAUUCACUUUCGGAGUUCUCGCUGGCUUCGGUUUGUCCUUAUGUUUCGUGGCAGCCGUGGUGAUCGUCGCUUACUACUUCGAUAAAAAGAGAUCUUUCGCGACAGGUUUGUCCGUCUGCGGUAGCGGUAUAGGAACGUUCAUCUUUGCCCCAGUUACGCAGUAUCUGCUGGCUGAAUACGGUUGGCGGGGAACCACGCUGAUAUUGGCCGGUCUGUUCCUCAAUCUGGCUGUUUGCGGCUGUCUUAUGAGGGAUCUCGAAUGGACCACCACCAGAGCGAAGGCGAAGACCGAGGAGAGACGGAAAAAUCGCGAGAAAAAGAGGACCAGGAUACAGAGCUCGAGCGUCGACUCGUUCUCCGCGAAUAGUUCGCUGAACACCCUCACGAUCAUGGAGAAUCUUCGGACUCAAGAGGAAGAGGAGGAGGACGGUGAAAAGCUAUUUUCCAGUCUGGUAAGCUUACCGACGUUCGUGAAGAACGGCGAAAAGGUACCGUUGGAGGUAUUGGAACUACUUAGUACUCGUAAAAACGUGUACAACGUGUUACUGCAAAAUUAUCCGAGUCUGCUCAUCUCCUCGAGGAGCUUCAGCGAUUCCGGGCCGCUUCACGAUCAGCUGAGCACACCUUCGGCCAGAUUCGUGCCCACGCCGAGCUCUUUGUCCGAGUUGAAGAGCGAGGAAAACAAGGACAAGGUCUUGCCCAACGACGAGCAAACUCUUCGACAGCAAACGGACGCCGCUUGGCGAUUGUGGUGGUUGAAGAAGAUCAAUCUGGAUAGCUCGUUGAGAAGAUCCAGCACUCUCGAGCAUACCAGGAGACUACCUACUGCCUAUUUGAAGGAUAUCAGAGUGCAUAGGCAGAGCCUUACGUAUAGAGGUGCUAUGUUGAACAUAAAUCGAUAUCGACUCAGGGCAUCCAGUUGUCCGGAUAUUUAUAGGAACUCGAUGACCACCAUAGCUAGAACCAAACUCGUCUGGUACGCCGGUCUCUGGGAAUUCUGGGACCUUAUCGUCGAUAUGCUUGAUUUUUCUCAUUUCGCUGAUUCGCGUUUCUUGCUGUUCGCCAUUAGCAAUUUCCUCCUACAUACCUGGUACGACGUGCCCUACGUCUAUUUGACGGACAACGCGAUCGAGAUGGGCUUUAGCGAAACCGACGCAUCUAUUCUAAUAUCGGUCAUAGGAAUAACCAACAUGGGUGGCGAGAUUCUGCUUGGUUGGGCAGGUGACAGAGCAUGGGUAAACGCAUCUAUCGUAUAUGCAGUAUGCAUGGCAUUUUGUGGCGCGGUGACGGCUUUAAUACCCAUGGUAAUUGGCAGUUACUAUGCCUUAUGCGCGAUCUCUGGUGCUUUUGGAUUAUUCAUCGGGGCGAACUACAGUCUUACCAGCAUCAUCCUCGUCGAACUGAUUACGCUGGAAAGAUUCACAAACGCGUAUGGCCUUCUACUCUUGGUCCAGGGUGUUGCAAAUCUUAUGGGUCCUCCGUUGGCUGGAUGGCUUUACGAUAUCACGGGGACGUACGAUUUGUCGUUCUACUUAGCCGGUUUCUUCAUUGCGUUGAGCGGAGUUCUUUUACUGGCGAUGCCUUUAAUUAGCCUAUACCGGAAAUGUUUGCACGGCUCGAGGAAAGAGGAAACUGACGAAGAUUUUGCAAACGUGAACAGAGUCUGAAGGACGACGGCGACUGAUCACGUUAAUCAUUUCUAAGAAAACUAUAAUACGAUCAUCGAUAAUGCGAUACCGAUAUACAUCGAUCUGUAAUUUAUGUUAUCGAUUUAAUGGAAUUUAUGGAAACGCAACGUUUUCAACCAAAAGGAAUUGCAAUUAGCAGCUGUGCAAUUAGUUUUACAGCGGUAUCUUUUUCCCGCGUUGCCCUGUAAACCUAUCGCGUAUUUUACAUUCAAUUGAACGUUCGUGGUUCCUUCGUAGAAUAGCGUAUAUACAAGCUAAUUAAACAGUUCAGCGCGUUAAGUGAUUUAUCUAAAUAAAAAAAGAAGUAACGUUUUUUGAGCAACGUUUCUUUAAUUAAGGAUUUAUAUGUCCUCUGAGUUUCGCGCGUGUUCGAACGACGAACGAUCGAUCGAUUCAAUGUACAAAUAAGAAAGAUUGACAAUUAUCGCUAGUGUCCAAAGAUAAUAUUACGAACGAUCUGAAAAGAAAUACUUCGAUACGUAAACUGAUCAAAUAGUGAAUUAACGAGCACUGUACGAUCACUGUUUGUCGUUUAACAUCCGAUGAUAUUUGCACGAAUAUCGUAUUCACUUUGUAUUCAGCAGUUUCAAUAAUUGUGCUAGCAGUGAUGCUAGACAAAAGUAGGGGCGAAAAUGUUGCUAAGUUUACAAAGGUUGAAAUACUAUUAAUCGCUAAAAUAACGAAAAAAUGAUAUGUAACGAGGAACAGAAGUUUACGAUUAGUCAUAGACGAUGUCACGAUAAAAGUAAUGUAUAAAUUGAAAUAAGCUUGCUUUAGCAAUAACGUGCACACACUUUUCGAAUCGGUUUCAACGUCAAGUGUGAUUGAUAAUUAAGAAAAGUUUGAAUCUCAGGAUAAUAGAUAAACGAUAAACCAACCAUCCUUAUUCCUCUUAGGAUUAAAAACGAAAUUCGUCUUGUACUUUUUCACCAUGCGUUCUCGAGGAAAAGGUAAUGGAAGAAAAAAAAAACGUUCCUUUCGGCGUAAAUUUUUUCACUCGAUUGUAUUUAAAAAUCUGACAAGUUAUUUCCAUAUAGCGCCGAAGAUAUCACUGUAAAUAUAAGUACGUUAAAGUCUAUCAGUCAGAUGUUUUCGCUGUUUCGUUGAUUUUAUUACUAAUCAUAUCGAAACAACCAGAAGUCGCCUUCACAUUCUUUUUAGCGUAAUGUUAUGCCUACUUUUAUAGUUUUGUCGAUCGAAUAAAGACAAAAAGUGAGAUUAAACAAGUAACACGAGCCAAAUAUGCUCGAUUAGUCGUUUCAAUUUAGUUACCAUUUAUUUCCUUUCGAUUUAUGUACAUUUGUGCAUGGAAAGGUCUUAAAGACAUGUAUGUAAAUAGCCAUAUAUGUAUAUAUAUAUAUAGCUUUUCUGUGAUGAUGAACCUGAAUUUUAUGAAAUUUUCGAGCUAUAAAUAGGUUACCUCCGUUCUCAUAGCGUGUGCAUGCGUGCGUGCGUGCGUGCGUGCGUGCAUGCGUGCGUGUACAUCAAUUCCAACCAGGCAUUUCCAAUUUAUUUGCACUGCUGUCGCAUUAUAUUAUAGCCUAACGGCAUCAUAUAGUCGUACACGGAUAUUGUAACUACCAUCCUUCGCAAGUUAUUUAUUAAGAUGUUAAGUAAUCCUAAAAAUUGAUGGGUUAUGACUUUUCAACUUUUUAUUUUAGAUGUUCAAUCGAGUCGUAAGAAUAAAUCGGAUAUUAACGUUAAGAUUCGUAAAAAAGAAGAGAAGGAACACGAAUCAAAGUGCAUGUUAUUCCUUGAUAUAAGCAAUUUUUUUUAGAAAAUCGUUCGUACACUCAAACAAGUUAGUUUCCCAAUUUUUACGAGGCCUUCAUACGACACAAAAAUUUCAAAGUAUUUUCUUCGGGCAAGUAUACAAGAAAAAUUCCAUUCUCCGAUAUUUUAAAAAAGGAAAAAAAUCGGAUAUCUAUGUAUGAAUUACCAUUUGUCUUGCGUCUUAAUAUAUAUAUAAAUCUAUUGGCACAUUUUGCCAUUCGAGUAAUAAUUUAUUCUUUCAUCGUGGUACAAUAACUAGUUCUACAGUGCAUGUGCUCGUGUUAUGGUAGCGUGAUUAUGCAGACGCGGCCUUACGGGCGUUUACAAAAUGUAUAAAGUAAUAUUUUAUUAUGAAAACAAACUGCAUUUCAAAUAUACGAACCCGGGUCGUACGGUCGCUUCGGCCGAUCGACUUUUCAUCAUAUAGUGUUUAAGUAGUUAUUAAGGCGAGGUAUGGGAUAAUAAUUUUUGUAAAGGAACUAGUGAGAACUUCUAUAAUAGCCGCGAACGGAAACAAAAACUUAUAUCUAACGUAUAUAUUACGAACGUUUUAAAGAAGCAAAUGUUUUUGUUCGAGCGAAUGAUAAGGACACGUUUCCAUAUAGCGAACGGUUUUGAGAAUUUGAUUAAUCCGCUGAUAAGUGUGUCCACCAAGUGCGUCGUAAACGUUGAAUUCCUUCUCGAAGGUUUCUCUUCUUGACUGUUACUCAAUAACCAAGAACGUUCUCACUACCUCUUUAUUAAUAAGAUAUCCUAUUACCCAUGGUUGAUAACCUCGAAACAAUCGCUUGAACGUUUGAAAGUGGCUUAAAGUCUAUGCAGAAACAAGAAACAAUGAAAAUGAUGAAAAAGCUCGGUUCAAGGCAUGACGCAGACACGUUAAGAGUUUCUUUUGAACUGUAAAACAGGGAAAAUUCAGAGCAGAACCGUUCUUUUAGUUUUAUACAUAAUACACAUAUAUUUAGAACAUAGCAUACUACAACUGUUGCUUGCUACGUGGUCCAAAAGUGAUCCUUGUGGUCACUUGUAGUCUGGAUUUUCGUGAGCAAUUGUUUUCUUUUCAUUGCACCUUAUAAGUUAGAAUAAAGUAUACCGUAAAUAAUUUUCGAAAUAUUUGUAUCAUAAUUUUCUCUUAUAGUUAUGAAAAUAAUAUGAUGUAUUACAUAAUCGCAAACUUGUUAUUCUUGUUUUCUUUUAAGCUAAAGUACAAUCAGCAACCAAUUUUCAUUGUGUGAUUAUCUUUACAUUUUAAUCGUAGCAAAAACAUUGUUCCUUGUAAUUGAAAAUAACUUAAAAUUACGUUAAACGUAGUUCUUUUUUUAGUGAAUCUUCCGAUAACUUAAUGCGCACGAUUAUCCUGCUAAAAGUACGGUUUUGCUACAGUUAUAAGCAACAUUGUUCCAUUGUAAAUGGAAUACGGAGACUUAUGUUAAGACUCCUUUUUAGACUUUAUUAGAACAACCCAUUUUUGAAUUGUAUAAAUGUGUAUAUGUGCACAUAGCUACACGUACUCAGGCACACAUACAUACACACAUUCACGUAUAAACGUAUACUACUCACACGUACAAAAAUAUAAAAGUCUUAUUUAAACUAAAAUAAAAUAAAAAGUAAAUCACAACUUCAAA